AUGCCCCUUGUCCAGCGCAGCAUCGAGCCCAGGCACCUGUGCCGCGGCGCCCUGCCCGAUGGCGUCACCAGUGAACUGGAGUGUGUGACCAAUAGCACGCUGGCAGCCAUCAUCAAACAGCUGGGCGGGCUCAGCAGGCAUGCGGAGGACAUCUUUGGAGAGCUGUUCACAGAGGCUAAUAGCUUCUACCUCAGGAUGAGCGGCCUGCAGGAGAGAGUGGACCUGCUGGCUGUGAAGGUCACCCAGCUGGACUCCACCGUGGAGGAGGUGUCUCUCCAGGACAUCAACAUGAGGAAGGCGUUUAGGAGCAGUACCAUCCAAGACCAGCAGGUGGUGUCACGCUCCUCCAUCCUCAACCCCGUCAUGGACAUGUACCAACGCUGUGACAAGCCCCCACCCCUCAACAUCCUCAGUCCCUAUAGGGAUGAUAAGAAGGAUGGUCUGAAGUUCUACACAGACCCGUCCUACUUCUUCAACCUGUGGAAGGAGAAGAUGCUGCAGGCCACCGAGAACAAGAGGAAGGAGAAGAGGAGGCAGAAGGAGCAAAAGCAGGUGGAGGACCCCAGCAGGGAGGUGAAGAAAGUCCGUAAGGCUCGUAACCGCCGACAAGAGUGGAACAUGAUGGCGUACGACAAGGAGUUCCGCCCGGACACACGCCUCACACCCUCACCCUACCACGGCAUGUCCUCAGAAGGAUCACUGUCCCCAGACAGGUCGGGGCUUUCAGACGAGAUGUCCUACCCCACUUCCCCCAGCCUCCCCAACCAGGAAGCAGCUGCCCCUGAUGGGAUGGAUCAUCUGACCAAUGCCAACCAGACCCAAUCUCUGGACCGCGCCUACCGCCCCCCUGCCUCUGCCGUCGCCGCGGCCACCGCUCGUCAGCACUCCCUGGGGCGCACCCAGCCGCACCCGCAUCACGGAGCCCCGCCCGCCGACUCCGCCCUGAACGGACCACGCCCUUCAACAACUAAGGACGCCAGCGGCCACCAGACUGAGCACUUCAUCCCACCCGCCCCCCCUCCGCCCCCCCCUCUCAUCCCCUCCGCCCAGACAGCCUUCGACAGCACCUCCGCCCCCUCCUCCUUGCCCCCCUCCCUUGCUCCCUCCCUCGCUGCCCUCUCCCGCCCCUACAGCCCCUCCCCACCUCCCCCCCUGCCAGCCAACUACGUCCCCUCCCCGUCCCACCCGGCCGGCGGCCCCCCUGCCGCCCCACCCCCGCCUCCCCCGGGGCCCCCCAGCCACGUCCUGUCCCCUGCACGGGGCCUACACCUCCCGUCUGGGGAGCCCAGGAAGGGGGCGGUGCCCGCCACGCCCAUGACGGAUGCACGCAGCGACCUGCUGUCUGCCAUACGGAGAGGCAUCCAGCUGAGGAAGGUGCAGGAGCAGAGGGAGCAGGAGGCUAAGAAGGAGCCAGUAGGAAACGACGUGGCCACCAUCCUAUCACGUCGCAUCGCUGUGGAGUACAGCGAAUCGGACGAGGACUCGGAGCCUGAGGAGAACGAGUGGUCCGACUGAGGAAUUUAGGGUGGGGGAGCCGGGGGAGCAGGGGUGGGUGCUGCUAUUCCAAUACCUGGACACACACACACACAUUAACACACAC